AUGUGUCCUUGUCAAAAUUAUGAUAAUAAAAUUAUAACUGCUUGUGUCCUCCUCUUGCUGGUUCUUCCCUAUUCCUUUCAGCCAACAGCAUCACGUCCUGCCCAAAUAAGACUCGUGAACGGCCCUGACCCCUGCACAGGGCGACUGGAGGUGUUUUACAAUGGCGCCUGGGGGACGGUGUGUGACGACCACUGGAGCCUUGCAGGAGCCCGUGUGGUGUGCCGGCAGCUGGGCUGUGGGAUGGGUCUGUCUGCUGUUGGUGGGGCUCGGUAUGGGCGAGGAGAAGACCCCAUCUGGCUGGACAACGUGCAGUGCACCGGCACAGAAGCUGCUCUUUCUGAGUGCCAGGCACGGCCCUGGGGAGCUCACAACUGUGGGCAUGGGGAAGACGUCAGUAUUGUGUGCUCGGGGGCACCCACUCCAAGUCUGACCCGUGCCAGGCUGGUGAAUGGCCCUGGCCCCUGCUCUGGCAGAGUGGAAGUCUUCCAUGACAGCAGAUGGGGCACCGUGUGUGAUGACGGCUGGAACCUGACAGAUGCUGAGGUGGUGUGCAGGGAGGUGGGCUGUGGCUCAGCUCUGUCAGCUCCACCUGACGCUGCCUUUGGGCAAGGGGAAGGACCCAUCUGGCUGGAUGAUGUGACCUGUGCUGGGACAGAGACUUCCCUUUCUCUGUGUCAGGCCAGUUCCUGGGGAAGUCAUAAUUGCAAGCAUGAUGAGGAUGCUGGUGUUGAAUGCUCAGAACCAACUCAAGUACGUUUGGUGAAUGGCUCCAGCCAUUGCUCAGGGAGAGUUGAGGUCCACCACAACCAGCGGUGGGGGACAAUUUGUGAUGAUGGCUGGGACCUGAGAGAUGCAGAGGUGGUGUGCCGGCAGCUGGGCUGUGGGACAGCUGUGUCAGUCCCUGGCAAGGCUCACUUUGGGCAAGGACACGAUCCCAUCUGGCUGGAUGAGGUGAACUGCACAGGGACAGAAGGCGCCAUCACAGAAUGUAGUUUGGAGCCCUGGGAGGAACACAACUGCAAUCACAACGAAGAUGCUAGUGUUGUGUGUUCAGGUAAGUGACCAGAACUGCGGCUAGUGAAUGGCCCGAAUCGCUGCGCUGGGCGCGUUGAGGUGCUUCACCACCAGCAGUGGGGCACUGUGUGUGACAAUCACUGGGACAUGGAGGAUGCCAAAGUGGUGUGUCGGCAGCUGGGCUGCGGUGCUCCAAUCUCUGCUCCAGGCUGGGCCAGGUUUGGCAGAGGCUACGACCCCAUCUGGCUGGAGAAAGUGACUUGCUCGGGGACUGAGGCUGCCCUUAGUGAGUGUGAAGCCCAGACAUGGGGAGUCCACAGCUGCCACCAUGGGGAAGACGCCAGCGUGGUGUGCUCAGAUUCCUUUGUUUCAGAACCAGAGGUGGUUCGGCUGGUGAACGGCCCAAGCCGCUGUGCUGGGAGAGUUGAAGUCCUUCAACAGCACCAAUGGGGGACGGUGUGUGACAAUGCCUGGGACCUGAGUGACGCAGAAGUGGUGUGCUGGCAGCUGGGCUGUGGGACAGCAGCUGCAGCUCCGGGCUUGGCUCACUUUGGCCAGGGACACGGUCCCAUCUGGCUGGCCGAGGUGAACUGCACGGGAACAGAAACUGCCCUCUCCAAAUGUGGGGCCAGGCCCGAAGGAGUCCACCUCUGCCACCAUGGAGAAGACGCUGGUGUGGUGUGCUCAGGUAGCUGCUGAUCAUCUGCCGCUGAGGUCCGGCUGGUGAAUGGCUCAAACCGCUGCUCUGGGAGAGUCGAGGUGCUGCAUAACCAGCGAUGGGGAAGUGUGUGUGAUGACGGCUGGGGCCUGGAUGAUGCAGAAGUGGUAUGCCAGCAACUGGGCUGUGGUACAGCUAUCUGGGCUCUGCCUGCAGCUCGGUUUGGGCUGGGGUACGACCCCAUCUGGCUCGACGAUGUGAAUUGCACAGGCUCAGAGGCUGCCCUCUCCGAGUGCAGAGCCAGGCCAUGGGGAGACAACAACUGUAAUCACAAAGAAGAUGCCGGUGUGGUGUGUGCAGGUAAGCUACUUUCAUUCCUUCAUGGUCUCCGGCUGGUGAAUGGCUCCAGCCGCUGCUCUGGGAGGGUCGAGGUCCUUCGUAACCAGCGGUGGGGGACUGUGUGUGAUGACAGCUGGGACCUGAGUGAUGCAGAGGUGGUGUGCCGGCAGCUGGGCUGUGGGACGGCUGUGUCAGCUCCAGGCUCAGCUCACUUUGGGCAAGGCUCCAGCCACAUCUGGCUGCAGGGUGUUGAGUGCACAGGGACAGAAGCUGCCCUCUCUGAAUGCAGGUCCAGGACGGGGCAACAGAGUUAUUGCAGCCAUGGUAAAGAUGCUGGUGUUGUGUGCUCAGAUCCUGUAGCACUACGACUGGUGAAUGGCUCGAGUUUCUGUGCUGGGAGAGUCGAAGUGCUCCACAAGCAACUGUGGGGAACAGUGUGUGAUGACGGCUGGGACAUGGAGGAUGCUGCAGUUGUGUGCCGGCAGCUGGGCUGUGGGGUGGUGGUCUCAGCCCCUGGCAGAGCUUUGUUUGGGCGAGGGCAUAAUGCCAUCUGGAUGGAUGACGUGAACUGCACAGGGGGGGAAGACACCCUCUUGGAGUGCCUGGCCAGGCCAUGGGGGGAACACAACUGUGACCAUGGGGAAGAUGCUGGCGUGGUGUGCUCAGAACCAGUUGCAUCCCAGAGGGUUCCCCUCCGCUUGCUGGAUGGACCGCACCGCUGCGCUGGCCGAGGGGUAUACUACAGCAACAGGUGGGGCACGGUGUGCGAUGACCACUGGGACCUGAACGAUGCCAACGUGGUGUGCCAUCAGCUGCACUGUGGCAUCGCCUUGUCCACCAGCAGACCUGGCCAGUUCAGGGCGGGGUCUGGCCCCAUCUGGCUGGACGAUGUCAACUGCACGGGGACGGAGGUGGCGCUUUCCUACUGCAGAGCGAAUGACUGGGGGAAGAACAAUUGCCACCAUGGUGAAGAUGCUGGUGUGGUUUGUGCAGGGAACGCUGGUUCCGCAGAGCUGCGCUUGGUGAACGGCCCGAACCGCUGUGCUGGGAGAGUGGAGCUGCUGUAUGAUCAUGAGUGGGGAACCGUGUGCGAUGAUGACUGGAGCUUCACAGAUGCCAAAGUCGUGUGUCGGCAGCUGGGCUGUGGGACGGCGGUCUCAGCUUAUAGCUCAGCAUACUUUGGCCAGGGAACAGGCCCCAUUUGGCUAGACAACGUUCAGUGCAGUGGGACAGAAGCUGCUCUGUCUGAAUGCCAGGCCAGGCCAUGGGGAGUCAAUAACUGUGACCACGGAGAAGAUGCUGGAGUUGUGUGUGCAGGCAUGGCUGUCAAUAUGCCGGCUCAGCUGCGCCUGCAGAACGGCCCCAGCCGCUGUGCAGGAAGAGUGGAGGUGCUCCAUGACCAUCAGUGGGGGACAGUGUGUGAUGACGGCUGGAGCCUAAGCGAGGCCACAGUGGUGUGCCGACAGCUGAGUUGCGGGACGGCAGUCUCAGCUCCGGUUCUAGCUCACUUUGGGCCGGGGUCUGGCCGUGUCUGGCUGGAUAACGUGAACUGCACCGGGGCUGAAGCCGCCCUCUCUGAGUGCCACGCCAGGCCUUGGGGAUCCAACGACUGUGACCAUGGGGAGGAUGCUGGUGUGGUUUGCUCAGACAUGGACACGUCGAGGCACCGUCUGCUGCGGCUGGUGAAUGGAUCGAACAGCUGCAUUGGGAGAGUUGAGGUUCUUCACGACCAGAAGUGGGGAACUGUGUGUGAUGACACGUGGGACAUAAACGAUGCUGCAGUUGUGUGCAGGGAGCUGGGCUGCGGGACGGCAAUGUCAGCACCAGGCUCAGCUCAUUUUGGGCAAGGGUCGGACCCCAUCUGGCUGGACAAUGUGCACUGCGUAGGGACAGAGUCCACCUUUGCGGAGUGUCGGCUGAAAAGCUGGGGAGAGCACAACUGUGGCCACAGUGAGGAUGCCGGUGUGGUGUGCUCAGGUAAAUCCACAAGGACCAGGGUGGGCCAUCCAGGACAGGCUGAGUUAAUUCCUACCUCAUCCCCUCUGCUCUCCGCUGCAGGCACCAACCCCUUGCAGCUGCGGGUUAAGGAUGGUCCGGGUCCCUGCUCAGGGCACGUGGAGGUGCUGUACAACGCCACCUGGUACGGUGUCUGUGACAGUGACUGGAGCUUGCUGGAGGCGCACGUGGUCUGCAAGCAGCUGGGCUGUGGACCGGCACAGUCUGCGCCCAUCGGAGGCCAGUUCAGCCCAGAGCGUGGCCACACCUUACUGGAAGGGCUUAGCUGCCGGGGCUCAGAGACUCUGCUCCUGGAGUGCCAGCAGAGAAAUAUGGGUCCGGGGCAGUGCAAGCACGGCUUUGCAGCUGGGGUGGUGUGUACAGAGAUGGAAGACAAAUCACAUGUAAAGAAGGUGGAUGAUGCCAGGACAUCACCUGAGGCUUAGGUGGCCACACUCCUGGUGAUGAAGGCAAGGCUUCCCAGGACCCCAGGAGGCAGCAAAGACACUGUUUCGUGGAGCCAGAGCAGAGCAGCCCUGCGAGGAUCAGCAGAGACGAUCUCCUCUGGCAGAGCGGAAAGUCCUGUCUUGUGUGCCCAAUAGCCCCUUGCCCACUGCACUGAGCUUCUGGGGGUCCCACUUGCCCCCAUGGUCACACACAGCAUCAUAAAUCCCUCGGUCUCCAAGACAGGUCUUCUCAGAGUGAUAACCCCUACCUGGUCCUCCAGGUAGGCUUCAGCAUCCCAGCUCCAUCUGCUUGCACAGAUGCCUCAUUCCCACCACUGCAAUCCUGUGCCUUCACCCAACAGUCACCCCUUGCCAUCACCCCAACAGUCGUCAUACUUUUUCCUCUAAUCUCCCGUGGAAAUGACUUCAUGAUCCAAGAAUAAGAGAGCAGGAUGCUCUACUGCACUGUACAUAGCUAACUUUGCAAAAAUAGCAAUGCACUUCAGAGUCUGUCCAGGAUGGGCUGGGAAGUACCUCAUCCGUUGUAUUUAUUCAAUAUAGUUUUGAAUACCAGUAAAGAAUCCUGAAACCUGAAAGAACAAGAAUGAAAUAUUGUAUGCAUGGUCAGGGUUAUGUAGUGACUUGGCCUGAAGUUUAGGCAAAGUGUAUGUGAUGAAAGAACGGGUUCUUUGGCUAUAGAGGGACGACUGGGUCACAUAUUGGAGACUGAAGAUUGCUAUCUCUGGGUGAGAU